AUGCGCGUCGAGCUGAGGCUGGGACAAGCAUCGGAGCGGGGCCAGUUCCCAUCAGCCAGCUGUACCACUCCCAGGCCACAACAGCACGAGCUGAGGACUGGAGAGCUAGCCAGUAUUCUGUGGUUCCUCUCCACCCUUGCGGCCGCCUCCCCUACCGUCCCGACCCUGUUCGAGAAAUCCGUCCCCGCCUGUGCCGUCUCCGGCAAGGCCGGCGGCUUCCUCGCCCUCGACCGGUCCGACCCUACCGUCCCCGAUCUCUUGACGCUCGCGCAUGCCUCCUGCCCCAUCCACGGCGACCUCGCCACCGCCUUCUCAAUCUACCUCCCUCCCAGCCCCUCCCUCCCAGCCCCCAUAGCCCCACCAGCUCCUCCCUUUCUCGGUUGUCCCCUCUGCUUCUACAGCGCCGCCGCGCGUGCUCGGAACCACAGACACCACCACGUUGUCAUCCGGGAGCUGGAGCGCAUGGUAGUUCGCGAAGGGCGAGUCCUAGGAGUUGAGGUGAAGGGAUGCGGAGUGGUGGACACCGACGUUGUGGUGCUUGCGCUCGGCCCGUGUUCCAGGCAGUUCGAUUUUGUCAAGGAGGUGUUCGAUGUGCCCAGGCUUCCGGAAAAUCAGUGAUGGACAUAGUAGUGCUAGUGCUGGGUUUGUAGAUGAACUGAUGCUUGUUCCAUUAUCUUCUUAAUUAGGCACCUCUGAGUGGAGGAAGGCUAUAGCGAUGAGGACGAGGGAGCUGCUCUGGUGAGCAGUCGCAGGACUCCUAAGUCAAAGCUGCUCGUGGCCACCUUGUCCGCAACUGCUAGGAGAUGGAAGUGUAUUACAGAGGGCGGUGAGUUUCAGGAGAAGGAAGAGGCAGCAGCCGGCCACCGACAGGCACUAGCUCGGCGGCGGCGGUGUCCAUCAGCAACAUAAACAACUUCAAUAGCCAGGACAACAGCGUAUUCCCGGUUCUAGCACACUCACUGCUAUGGCUAGCACCGAAAAUGAGUUGUAAGAUGACGAUGCGGUAGCUGCAUCAUGAUUACUGGAUCACCACAGACUUCAAUUGUAAGCUAGCUAACCAUAUUGCACCUUUGAAGUUCUGAUCUGCUGAUCCAUGUUGGAUCGAUC